AUGGCAACUAACGUCAGUAACGUUACAACAGUUCACGGUAAUCCUUUGUUAUAUCAAUUUCCACUUAAUGAAAUUGUUUUAAUGCCGUAUUGGGUGUUAGUAUUACAAAUGGCAGUUAGACAAAUUCUUCAGCGUUUGUGGAACAAGUACAAAUACGACACAUUCAUGUUAACAAUUGAACGAGCGGAACUGGACGUUCCCAAAAGAAAUACUCAUCCGCAAACGCCUGCAAUUCCACCGAUAUCGAGUCCCAGCCUUCCCACGCCGCCGCCGCCACCUCUAUCAGAGUCUCUAGAAACAAAUAGUUUUGCUCAAGCGCUCAGCCUUCUCCAACAACUUAGUCUCGUACAACAUCAGCUUAGCCUUGACCAACAGCUCAGUCUUUUACAAGCGCUCAGCCUAUUGCAGCCUUUAAGCCCAGUUCAAAGACUUGAUUCUGCACAACAGGCUAAUCUUGCUCAAGCGCUUAGUAUUCUGCAACAAAUUAGCUGUGCUCAACAAUCUGAAGUGGCCAGCGUAACCCAGCCGUCGACCGUCCCUUCACAGCCUGAACUAAGCUCUGAACACGAACAACCAACUAGUUCGGUCGUCAAAGCACCUCCAAAAUUGAGUGACUGGUUGCCCGAUAUUUUAAUUUUCGGUUUCUUCGUCAAUUUCUUUCCUCUUCUUUUACCUUCACUAUACAAUUACUCUCAAUAUUAUAGCUGGUAUUUUGGCGAAAGUUAUACUUAUACGAUUUACGCUGAUUAUCAGUCGCGUGACACACAACUGUAUUUUCAAGUUGUGAAAAACGAAACUCAAACCAUUGGACAUUUUCUUCUACCUUUACUAUAAUGCUGAAUAGAUUUUCGGAAAAAAUCCUCAGAACUUGGUUAGCUGUUUUGUAUAAGUAGAGUUCAGGAUUUUCCUUUGUUAGAGUAAAGAGUUCUAUAUUAAGAGGCAUUUUCUGAUAUUCUCAUGCAACCUUGCCCGUGAACUUUUCUUUUCCCAUUACAAGUGGCUCUCAGAUUGUUCCUCACGCGAGUAGAUCAUAAUGUGAAAUUUUCAGGUCGAAAGACCCUACCUCCACGGAGAUAUAGGUCUCGCAAUUUUAGGCCAUUUUAGCUAUUUUUUCCAACUCAUCAACUUAAAAGGGCUAGAACUCCGCCAAUAUUAACUCAAAUCACUUCAUUUUUUUACUAGUCGAUAGGAAAUUGAAUUCUACACAAGAAUCGGAGGACGAAAUUUUUUUUGCAUGUGAUUCAUGUCGACCAGGUCGGCGAUGGGCCCGGGGAAAAGAUCGAUCUAGCGCUAUCGGCGCCAACGCUUUGGUGGCAAGUGAAGACCACCAAAAAAUUCCUCAUCGUCCAUUCUAUUAGAAACAGUGCUGAGUAGAAAAUCCUAACUUCGAUCGGAUGGAGCGCUAGCCCUAAAACCAAUUUUUAGUCCGAUUUUUGCGGUUUUUCGCGAUUUUCUCAAAAACUAUUCACUUUUUUCUGGACGUUAUUACUAAAUUCGGAAUCAGCAAGAAAUUCUGCGUUGAAUGAGGUAUCACACUUUAUGUUUUGACGAUUUUCAAUUUUUCGAGUCCCAAAAGCCGGGAGUCGGAGUCCCGAGGAGGACUCGAAAAAUUGAAAAUCGUCAAAACAUAAAGUGUGAUUCCUCAUUGAACGCAGAAUAUCUUGCUGAU